GCUAAAGAGUAUGGUUAGAUGAACAUCCAUCAACGCUUCAAAUCAAGCGUAUUCAUUUGACGCGGAUUGAACUUAUCAACCGUCGAUAACACUCCAUCCAACGGAUAAUUUGGCGCUCUAGAAUUUGGCAAUUUUGAAAAUUGGAAAUUGAAGAGGUUCGCUCCUAAAUUCCCAAUAUAAACCCUAAACCAGCCGUCUCCCUUCGUCACUGAACUGAAUUGAGAAGGAAAAAUGUCGGGGAGAGGAAAAGGAGGCAAAGGUCUGGGAAAGGGAGGAGCCAAGAGGCACAGGAAGGUUUUGAGGGAUAACAUUCAGGGGAUCACGAAGCCGGCAAUCCGUCGUCUAGCUCGUAGAGGAGGCGUAAAGCGUAUCAGUGGCCUGAUUUAUGAGGAGACCAGAGGCGUACUCAAGAUCUUCCUUGAAAAUGUGAUUCGGGAUGCUGUCACUUACACUGAACAUGCCCGAAGAAAGACCGUAACUGCCAUGGAUGUUGUGUACGCUCUCAAGAGGCAGGGUCGGACGCUCUAUGGCUUUGGUGGCUGAUCCUUUUUUUUUUUUUUUCCCUUGAUUUUAGAUUUUAAUCAAAUGUUUGAUGGAAAUUUCUCUGGAAAUUUGAAUAAUUAAGUGCUAUAUAUGAAUCUGUGAUGAACUUGUUUGAAUUUAGUUGAUUUCGUUUCCAUGGUCUUCACUCA